AUGCUAUCUGUGCUCCCAGAUAAAAUUGGCAAAGCAUUUGGAAAUAGUUCUCUUUCGAUCUACUCAAGCAGAAAUAAUAAAUUGGCUGAACUCAUCAAUUCUAAAUAUACUGAAGACUUAGUUGAAGCAAUCAGAAUUUUAUACUGCUAAUACUUAUAAAACAAGGAUCUAACACUUUAUAUGUCAAGAAUAAUUAAUUUACUUCCUAGAGAGGACCUGGAAUUAAAGAGAUUAUGUUAAAUAUUGAUAAGUGAAUUUGCAGCUUAGCCAAAUGCAAGAACCAGUAAAUCUCAAGGAGAUGUCCUUAUUUUGGCUACAGCUCCUAUUUUUAAAGAUUUAACUAAUUAAAACACUUCAAUUAAAUUAAAUGCUUUGAAAACAUUAUCAAGUUUAAGAAUCUAAGAACUUACACCAAUGCUCUUUACAGCAAUAAGAAAGAUUUAAGCAGAUAAAAAUGGAUUGGUAAGAAGAAGUGUUGCCUUAUCAAUUCUUAAAAUGCAUGAUAUGUGUAGUGAGGAUGUUUAACCAGAUGAUUAUAAUGAUGUUAUCAAUUUUCUGCUAAAAGACACUCAUCAAACUAGAUUAUAAGCUAUCUAUGUGAUUUUCAAAAUUACAGGUGAUCUCUCAAUAUUACAUAAAUACUAUUUUUAACUUAUCAAAGAUUUGCUAAAUUUUAAUAGUUUUGAUCUGGAAAGAGCCCUUCAAUUAUUAUAUUAAUAUAGUGUGAUGUAUUUUAAGGAAGGAGAUAAGGAUCUAAUCAAAUUAUUGGAUGCUUGUGAAAUCCUUUUAAAAUUACCUUAUCCAGGAAUAGUUUAAGCAAAUCAAGAAUUAAGAAACUUAUCAGAACCAUUGUUAAAUUUUUAAAUAUAGGAUCUGAAUCCAAAUUUAUAAUCCUUUAAAUGUUACAUCAAUUUGCACUCUCAUAUCCAUAAUAUGUAAAAGACGCAUUAUAGAGCACUUACAAUUCUCUAAAUUGAAAAACUAUAUUGUAAAUUACUAAAAUUAGAAAUUCUAUCCUUAUUGAUAGAUGAAAAUAAUUUCAACAAUAUUCUAGAAGAAUUGUUAUAUUAAGCCAGAUCAAAUUAACCAUAAUUAGUAGCAGUAGCUGUCAAGUUAUUAUCAAAAACUACAAUAAAAUUUCCAAAAUUCAUCAAAAGAACUAUUAAAUCACUUCUAGAUAUUCUAAAAACUGGAAGUUCUGACACUAAGAAUCAUGUAAUUGCAUCUUUUUGCAAUUUAAUUAGCACUCAAGAAAGUAAACUACCUCUUUUAGCUAUUUGUCUUUAAAAUAUUGAUGAUAUAAGUGAUAUUAGAUAUAAAGCUACUGUGAUCAAACUACUCAGAUAGGAAAUAGACUAAAUACCAACUAUUGCUGCUGAAAGCUUAAGAAAAUUAUCAUUAACUUUUUCUUAAUAGCAUGAAAACGUUAAAUAUGAGAUUUUAUUACUAAGCCAUUAAAUAUAAGCGAUCCAUCAAGAAUAACAUAUAGAAUUGUUGCAUUAAUAUAUAAUGACUUUAGCUAAAUUUGACUCAAGUCUCUUGGUUCGAGAUCUUUUUAGAACCUUGUCAAAAAGUAUAGAAUUUAAGGAAACUCUUGUUUUGGAAGAAGAAUGUGUUGCUCCUACUUUAGAAUUGCACAAACUUCCCAUUGGAUCAUUGUCACACUUAGUUGGAAUUCAUUUGCCAGGAUUGAAAUUUCCAACUUAUUUAAAUGAAGAUACAAGUGAAAAAAGAAAAGUUGAAAUAAUAGUGCCACCAUAAAAAGUUGAAUAGCCUCCAUAACAAUAAUAAUAAAAAUAACAAUAAAUUUAAAAAUAAUAAUCACAACCAUCAUAAGUUGAAAGUAAAAAAGAAGUUCUUAAACGAGUGGAAGAAGAUGUUAAAAAACAUUAUUAAAAUCUGGAUUAAGUAUUAAAUGACUUCUUUACAGAUUGA